UCUCAAAGUCACAUGAGGGUUUCUACUACUGCAAACACCCAGAGAGAGGAGAGUCACCCAAGAGCUGGAUCUCUGUUAAAGGAGUCUCAAAUGAAUGCUGCUGCAAAUUGUCUCAUUCAGAAUCUCAGAUCUCUGUCCUCCACACACUCAGUUCUGUACUGGCAGUUUGUCCAUAUCUGCUAGUGACUGUCGUGCUGAUUUUCAAAUGCUGCAGGAUGAGAGUGCUGAUUUCACACAUCCACUCUAGACACACUAAAGAAAAACCAAAAGCCAAAGUGAGCAUUAAACCUGAUCAACAUGUAUUCAGAGAAGAGAAAGUCACUCUCAGAUGUGACAUUGAUGGUGAAGGAGUCACUAGCUGGCAGUACAGCUGGUAUAAAGACAGUUCAAACAGUGUUUUCAGUGAACUACAGGAACACACAUUCAGUCCUUUUACUGAGUCUGACGCAGGUAAAUACUUCUGUUAUGGAGCAGAGAGAGGAGGAUCACGCAGCUCACAAGACAGUGAUGCAGUUACACUGACAGUAUCAAAUAGAGCCCAGGCAGUUUUAAGUGUUUCUCCUCAGAAGUGGUUGACUGAAGGAGAUCCAGUGACGCUGAUCUGUGAGGUUUACGGCUCCUCUACAGGCUGGACAUUCAGCUGGUACACUCUAACUGCUUCAUCAGACAACAUAUAUUUUCAACUGCUCUCAGACAGCAGCAGAGGAGCUGGAGGAAACUACACUGUCAGUUCUGCUGCUCUAAAACACACAGGAGUUUAUGUGUGCAGAGCAGAGAGAGGAGAACCAGCCUAUAAAACAACCUUCAGCAACACACAGCCAGUAUGGGUCACUGGUGUUUCUCCUCGAGUCUCUCUGAUCAUCAGUCCCAGCAGAACUCAACACUUCCCAUCUGUCCCUCUCUCUCUGAGCUGUGAGGACCAGAGUAACUCUGAUAGAUGGAGAGUGAGAAGAUACACAGAUAGUUUGGGGCUGGAAGAUUGUUCAUCAUUACGCCGGGCAUCACAAACAGGAUCUACAUGUACAAUCAACUCCACCAUCACAUCAGACACUGGAGUGUACUGGUGUCAGUCUGAAUCUGGAGAGAACUAUCAUCCUGUUAAUAUCACUGUACAAGCUGAUGUGAUUAUGGAGAGUCCUGUUCAUCCUGUGACUGAAGGAGAUAAUCUGACUCUACGCGCUGAUUUCUAUAAAGAUGGAUCACUCAUCCAGAAUCCAAAGAAUACAGAGAUGAUCAUCUCUACUGUCUCAAAGUCACAUGAGGGUUUCUACUACUGCAAACACUCAGAGAGAGGAGAGUCACCCAAGAGCUGGAUCUCAGUCAGAGUGUCUCAUUCAGAAUCUCAGAUCUCUGUCCUCCACACACUCAGUUCCCUUUCAGUCGUUUGUCCAUAUCUGCUAGUGACUGUCAUGCUGAUUUUCAAAUGCUGCAGGAUGAGAGGGGAAACGCCUGACUGA